GCUCACACGCCGCGGCGGGGGCGGGGCUUGUGGCCGGAGAACCGAGUCUCACGGCGGCCGUUUGGCCAUGGCGUACCGCUACCUGCUGCUGUCGCGGGGCUGCUGCCGGCGCCGGGGCCUGCUCAGGGUCCCGACGCUGCAGCAGCUGCUCUCGGGCCGGGGCCCCUCCGGGCCGGGGCCGGCGCAGCUCCAUGAACAAGUUACCACUAGAGUGACUACUAACAAAAGUACUGUCUUGGCAAGCGUAAUUGCUGCUUACAGAAGACUCUUCUCCCAACCUCCUAAAGGAUUUGAAAAGUAUUUUCGUAAUGGAAAGAAAACUAAUGAAUCCAAAGGAUCAGCUGGAGAAACAAAAGAAGCAAAGCAGACUAAUGCCCAGCGACCUCCUGGGAGCAACAGUGGAGGAGGAGGAGGAGGAGGUGGAAAAAGAGGUGGCAAGAAAGAAGACACUGGAUGGUGGUCCAGAUUUCAGAAGGGUGACUUUCCAUGGGAUGACAAAGAGUUCCGGUAUUAUUUCGUGAGCAGUUGCAUUCUCUGGGCUGCUGUUACAUAUGUGUCUUUCUUCAGGAGCUCUGGCAGAGAAAUCUCUUGGAAGGAUUUUGUCAAUAAUUACCUUUCUAAAGGAAUGGUGGACAGACUAGAAGUAGUGAACAAGCGCUUUGUUAGAGUGGUCUUUACUCCAGGAAAGUCUCCUAUGGAGGGGCAAUAUGUCUGGUUUAAUAUUGGUAGUGUGGACGCUUUUGAGCGGAAUCUGGAAACUGCACAGCUAGAGUUUGGAAUAGAAGGGGAGAACAGAUUACCUGUAGUCUACUCAGCAGAAAGUGAUGGCUCGUUUCUUCUGAGCAUGCUGCCCACAGUCCUUAUAAUUGGCUUCUUACUGUACACAAUAAGACGAGGGCCCGCUGGCAUGGGUCGAACAGGGCGAGGAAUGGGUGGACUCUUCAGCGUAGGUGAAACCACAGCCAAGGUCCUAAAGGAUGAAGUAGAUGUAAAGUUCAAAGAUGUAGCUGGCUGUGAAGAGGCCAAAUUAGAAAUAAUGGAGUUUGUUAACUUUCUGAAAAACCCAAAGCAAUAUCAGGAUUUAGGAGCAAAAAUCCCUAAGGGGGCCAUUCUGACGGGUCCUCCAGGCACUGGGAAAACACUUCUCGCUAAAGCUACAGCAGGAGAAGCUAAUGUUCCUUUCAUUACAGUCAAUGGCUCUGAGUUCUUAGAGAUGUUUGUCGGCGUGGGUCCAGCUAGAGUCCGUGAUUUAUUUGCUCUGGCCCGUAAAAACGCCCCUUGCAUUCUCUUCAUUGAUGAAAUAGACGCAGUAGGAAGGAAGAGAGGACGGGGAAACUUUGGAGGGCAAAGUGAACAAGAAAACACACUCAACCAACUUCUAGUAGAAAUGGAUGGAUUUAACACUACCACAAAUGUAGUCAUUUUGGCAGGCACCAAUAGACCAGAUAUCUUAGAUCCUGCACUAAUGAGGCCAGGGCGCUUUGAUAGACAGAUCUACAUUGGACCUCCAGAUAUAAAGGGAAGAGCAUCUAUUUUCAAAGUUCACCUUAGGCCCCUGAAACUAGAAAGCAUCAUAGAUAAAGAUAACCUGGCAAGAAAACUUGCAUCACUAACUCCCGGGUUUUCAGGUGCUGACAUUGCUAAUGUUUGUAAUGAAGCUGCUUUGAUCGCUGCAAGACACCUUUCGCAUGCCAUAAACCAAAAGCACUUUGAGCAAGCGAUUGAACGAGUAAUAGGAGGUUUGGAAAAGAAAACGCAGGUACUGCAACCCGAGGAGAAAAAGACAGUAGCAUAUCAUGAGGCAGGCCAUGCAGUAGCAGGAUGGUUUCUGGAACAUGCUGACCCACUCUUAAAGGUAUCUAUUAUCCCACGUGGCAGAGGAUUGGGUUAUGCCCAGUAUUUACCCAGGGAACAAUACCUUUACACCAAAGAGCAGUUACUUGACAGAAUGUGCAUGACGCUGGGAGGACGCGUGUCAGAACAAAUCUUUUUCGGAAAAAUUACAACAGGAGCCCAAGAUGACUUGAAGAAGGUGACUCAGAGUGCAUAUGCUCAGAUCGUUCAGUUUGGCAUGAAUGAAAAGGUAGGGCAGAUUUCCUUUGAUCUCCCGCGUCAAGGGGACAUAGUAUUGGAGAAACCUUACAGCGAGGCAACUGCAAGACUGAUUGAUGAAGAAGUGCGAAAUCUUAUUAACAGUGCCUAUGAAAGGACAGUAACUCUCUUGAUGGAGAAGAAAGCAUAUGUGGAGAAGGUUGCUUUACGACUGUUGGAGAAGGAGGUAAUAGAUAAAAGUGAUAUGGUUGAACUACUUGGCCCAAGACCAUUUGCAGAAAAAUCUACUUACGAAGAAUUUGUUGAAGGCACAGGCAGUCUAGAUGAGGAUACUUCACUCCCAGAAGGCCUUAAAGAUUGGAACAAAGAUCGUGAAAAAGAGAAGGAGGAGAGCACAGAUGAACAGACUGCCAGGCAGAUAACAGGAGGGAUACCAUUUUAGUUUUGAAGUAUGCUGUGAUAUAAAAUUGCACAAUAUUUUUGAUUUGCAUUCUGAAAAGACCGGAAAACACUUCAAUAGUUUGACUUAAGAACCAUCUGUGUAUUCAAACAUAUCUUUAGUGAUGGUAAUCAGAAGAGCAGGGGUUGACACAGAGGGAUAAGAAUACUCAGAUCUCUUUUAAGCUGUCCUCACUUCAUAGGUAAAAGAUUAUCACUUCUGAGCUGUCAACUAAGGGAGAUGUUAAUUAGAGAUUGGCCUGCGUUAGAACCUGAGAACUGAACUCCUCUAAAAUUUUGGAAUAGUUUGGAUCCAAGUCCAAACUCUGUGUGUCAGAUCCAUUUCUAAAUUUAUUUAAGCUGAUGCAAAUUAAGGUUCCAUUAGUAUUGAUCUAGAUAGUCUGUAUAUGUGACCUCUACCCAAUGUGAAUCAUUUUUAAUAUCUAUAUGUGGGAAAACGUAUUAUUAAAUGCUUAGCCAAGGGUCUAGUCAGCUUACGAAAACACUUGAUGUUUCUGCAAAGCAUCAGCUUUUUUCACCCUCCUGCUAUUUAAUCUUACUCCUUUUUUCUUUCCCCCUCACCUCCAAAACCAAUUUGUUCACAGGGAACUACCAUGUAAAUUUACCAUGAAAUUGGAGACCCAUUGAAUGCUUUACAGUUAUAGUCAUGGUUCAGUGUCUUAAACUGUAAAACUAAAUUCAACUUCUGCAGUUUUAAUAAAAUGUGGGUUUUUGGUUUGUUUUUUUACAGGGAGCUGUAAGAUAUUGAAUAUGUGAAUGCGCUGUGUUCACUGUGUAAAUAAGAUUUCUUUGAAAGUCAUUAAAAUCAGAACGUUGUACUUUUCUGAA